ACCGUGUUGGGCUACAUUCACUCUGAAUGUUAUUUUAGUGUAACGACUACGACGUGAAGCAGCCAUUACACACAACACAGUGGCCAAGCCUGCCGCAUGUACGUCUAGUCGGGCUACUCUCCGACCUUAUAUGUACAGAAAACCCUAAACGAAUAUUAAUAAAUAAGCAUUUUAUUGUGGUUAUGUGAAAGUGAAGAAAGCGAAUUGAACAACAGUUGAUCAACAUCUGCCUCUACAAUAAAUUAUCCAGUUUUACAUUGGCAGGGGAUUUUAAAACGCGUCUUAAUGGUUUCUAGUCGUUUUUCCGUUUGUGAGAGCGUGUGUCGACGAUAAAAAAAUAAUGAAUGAUAUAUAUAUAUAUUUUUAAAAAACCCCUCAUGAUAGCAGCUUCCUGAAGGACCGUCCCCCACAUGUCUGUGCUUUAGUCCCAGUCCUUUAUAGCUUUUAAAGUUUUUUUUUUAGUCAGGUUGUCGUAUGCCAAUACGUUUCUCGUACCACGCCAAAAGUGUUUUUGUCAGCGAUCUAACAUCGUGGUGUCCGUACAUUUUGUCUGUGCUUUCAGCAGAGUGGCGCAGUUUCAGGUAGCAGCCGCCAUUUUACAUUCAACACGAGGAGCUGCUUUGUGUUGUAUGAAAAUAUCGAGGACAAACGCACAAAGUCCCCCACACAAACACUUGAGUAGCAAGCCCUUCACAUUCUGCUACAGUACCAGCAAAAUCCCCUUGACCCACAGUCUUCUUACAAAACGAUGAUUCAUUAUACAGUGUCAUGGAUGAUGAAGACGAUCGCCGUCUUCUGGAUUUUAUUGGAGAUGUACAAGCUCUAAAUGACUAUCUUCAUGGCCCCAAUAGCAAAUCGAUAGAAGAGGAUGACCUGACAAACGCAGCUUAUGAAUCUGCAAGCUCAUUUUUCACAAAUGACACAGGUGGCUCAGAUGAAGGACUUAAAGUUGGCCACAAUCAUCUGGAAGAGUUUGGUGAGGCUGGUGAAUCUGGACUCUCCAGCAGCCUUCAGUUUAUUGAAGAUGAGCUUGAGCGUGGCGUCUCCCCAAGUGGCGGGGUUGAUCUUGGUAAUGAGGACCAACCUUUUGAUAUCCUCCAGAAGUCUUUAUUGGAGGCAGAUAUCACGGAACAGACAUUGGCCGAAGAGGCGUUGUUGGACUCUCAACCAGCUCCUCUGUGUCCUGCCACUGCAACCUUCCCCCAGCAGCUGGUCUCUGGAGGACUUGGAGGUGUUUCAGGAACUGGACUGGUGGCUCCAAUGCCCCUAGCUGGGGCACAACCUCAGGCUUUUCUUCAGCAAGUUCCCCAGCUGCCGUUACCAAAUGGACCAGCAGGACACAUUCAGUUAGUGAGCUCUCUUAAUGGAAGUAGUCCCUCCAUGAUGACUAUCAAAAGCGUGGAGCGGCCUCAGAUUCUAGUGAGGCCUAGUGGAAAUGCAGUGAUGGGCAGUGCUGGGCAGAGUACAGCUUUUGUUCCUUCUACACCUGGGCAGGUAUCUGUUCCCUUCAAUAAAGGGCCAAUACAGCUGCAGAAUAUUAUCAUUCAGAGAGGCCCUGUACCACAGUCUUUGGUCAGACCUAUUCAGCCUAAGGCCCUCCAGACAGGUGGACAAACUGUGUACAAUAUAAGCAACCUAGGGAUCCAACCCAACACUGCUACUAUUGCAAACCCAGCCAAUACUAUUGCGUACACAGCCAAUGGAUCUCCACAGACUACCCAGCAGGUAAAAGUAGUGAGUCAGGCCACAAGCAUUGUAGUCCAUUCUCCCUUUGGACAGCAAGGACAACCACAAGUCCAGGCCAGUCUUCCCCAGGGCCAGUUUUUACUACCCACUGGCAGCACUGUCCAUGGGCUCCAGGCAGUGAAUGGCCAGGUGCUUCAAACCAACACUCAAGUGGGUGACCCAUCUUUAACUAGCACUACUACGUACUCUAUCUUGACUAAUCAGAAUACAGCUAUGCAGAUUAUUGCUGGGCAAAAUUUUGCAGCUGGUGGGCAAAUGAUAGUGAAUCAAGGUAUGGUUAAUGCAAGCCAGAUAGGGCAAGCCUCUCCUACAGGGGUAAUGCAGGUUGCUCAGAGGCCUGCUGUCACAACCAAAGUUUGGACUGCCAAUGCAUCACCCACUCCAACCGCUGUACAGUCUUUGCAGGCACCAAACCGUUUCACCAUGGUAAACUCCACAGGCCAGACUCUCCAGACUCAUCUACAGAUAUCUGUUAGCCCAGGACAGCGUCUUCUGGUGCCUGUGGCACAAAACAACACAAACUCUUCACAAACUGCAGUCCAAGAGCUACAGUUUGAAAAGCAGCAGGUACCUUUCAACCAGGAUUCCACAUUACCAAAGCAGAAAGCUCAGACACAGCUGCUUAAUAUUCUUGGUACUAAAGGUGUGAAAACUCCUGCUAACCAGGAAUCCCUUCUUCUAACUACUCCAAAGAGACCUGAAAAUCAGCAGCUCAGCAGAGGAGGAAUGGUUCUUGAGCAGCUAAGGAAGGCUCAUAAGAGGGUCAUGUCUCCAGAACGUACACCCUUCACUUCACUAAAUGAUGUCAUUGAGAGAUUUCUGCCCUAUCAUGUGUUCCAAGGGGAGCCACCCUGUGAGGAGGAUUUUGCCAAAGUGGAUGAAGAAUUUGAGGCAGUUGCCACACAAGUGUUAAUGAGAACACAGUCCAUGGUGAACAAAUACAGGCGUUUGCUCAUGGUGGAGGCUGAGCGGUCCAGCCCUUCAUCAGAAAUCGUGAUGAUUGACAGGACAUUCAACCAAGAGGAACGGAACAACUUGACUCAAGACAAACGAAUGUUACUUGUAGACCCAGAUGGUUUUCUAGAGGAAUUCUGCUGUGGACCUAAGAAGUUGGUUUCAAACUCAGGGGCCAUGGAUUCAGUUGGUCAUGAGGAGAUCCCCAGUUUGAUGGAGACUUCUCCUAGCCAAGACACACCGCAAGCAUAUAGAGAGAGGACAGAAUGCCAUAUAAAGCCUGCUUAUAGGACAGAAGCCUAUUCAGCUUUUGAGGAUCCAGGAGGUGGAAGGCAUGAAGAGACCUUCAGUAAGGGCAGCUUAGACAUGAAGAAAACGAAAUCCAACAUCAUCAGUAGCAGCAGCAGCAGCCAGCACCACCAACACUUUCACCCUGCCCACUACUCCACAUCUCCCAGCCAUUCUCAGCACAGUUCUGGCCAUUUCUACCCAUCUGAACAGCUCCAGUCACUUGAUCAUGGUCAUGUCCAACUAUCCGACACCGAUUCUGUGCUUGAAGCUGCGGUGAAUAGUAUAUUAGACUGUUAGCAUUUUUUGUUUUAUUGUGUUAGAUACUGUCACAAUCGUGAGUUGAAUCCUGCAACAUGUGAGACUGAAGAAUGCACUUCAGCAAAAUAAAUGUUUGUGCACACAGUGUCCCUUUAGUACAUGUUAAGCAGUGUAGAGGAAAAAAAAUGACUGUGCCUACUGUUCUGGAGACGUUUACAUGAAAGCCUUUUUGGAAGUGCACCCACACAAAGCAGUAAGGUCUGAUGUUUGAAAAAUGCUGGUUACACAUUAUUCGUGUGUGUGUGUGUGUGUGUGUGUGUGUGUGUUAGUUGCUGUCUAUCUGUAACUCUGGAACAUACCUACUCAUAGAGAUUCUUUGAUCAGAUCAAUAAUUACUCUUGUAUUAAGUUACACUAUCUGUGGAGGUUUUGUGUCCUUUUUAGUUUAGGUGUAGGCAGGUAUUGUGUGUCUGGAAAAGCAGCCCUUCAUAAGACUCAGUGCGUAUGACUGUCCUUUAUCUUUUGAUGAGAUUGUUGCAGUAGUUUCUGACCAAAUAAGGCAUCUAAAUAUAGGCACUCUCAGUUGUUUUACAGUGGUAAUAUUCAAUCCCUGUCCCACAACCUCCUUGCACUGCAUAUAUUUGUCUUUUCUUUCUUUUAAAUUUCUGCUUUACUUAUAGAAAUGCUUGAAAAUUAGCUGAAUGACUGAACUGGUUGAAAUCCUAAACUAUGCAGUCCAGGUGAGGAAUUGAAUGCUGUUGUAAGAGCAAUGACGAUGCUCAUUUUCUUUUAUUUAGCAUUUAGUUUUGUACCUUACAGGUAUGUGACCUCCUGUCCACAGAGACAAGCUCACUUUGAGUGUUUUUUUUCUGCAGGGGAAACUAAGUCCUCAGAUUGAGGGUACAAUGUUACAUUCUUUUAUGCUUUAUUCAUUUUUUUGAAAUGAUGUUUUCCCCCCUCCCUUUUAAGCUGCUUCUAGCCCUGGAUAGAAAACCUGCUCAUGUGGAACUGUAGGUUGCAUUUCCAUGAGCCCAGAGAGAUAUUGUCUCAAACAUUUUCAUUUCCCUUGUGGCUGGUGUUCCCUGCUGGUCAGGCUAUGUUCUCUCUGUGGUUUUCAUUCUUUGGUUGUAACAAUUAACAUUUGCACACAUAAACACAGUGUCUUUUAGACAACCGUGUUUUCUGCAGAUUGUCUCUAGUCACUAUUUGGUAUUUGGUAAAUGCUUUGAAGUACCAACAUCUUCAUAUAUUGUGGAGGAGACAUAAUGCUUUGCCUACUCAUUUGGUUAUUUGACAGAGAGUGACAAGUUACCCAUAUGUCCACCAAGUUAAUUUUAUCAUGAGAACAUAUUUUAAAGCCACAAUCACAAAUUUUAAAGCUACUUUAUAUAAUUUGAUACUUCUUGAAAGAAUUAGAAUAAUCAUCAAUCAUCAUAUGUUAAUGUUAAGUACAUAGAUUUCUACACUAUAUAACUGCUGUGAGCCAAAAUAUUUUAGAUAGAUUUUUGUAGUAUUUCUAGAAAUAUAGACAAAACUGCUUAGAUCAUCUUAGAAAUGUGGUUCUUUUGGGGGAAAAUAGUACAUUACAUUCAGAGCUCUAGCUAGGAAUUUUAGGUAGCAAACUGGAUCCCUUCAAGUUCAAGAUAUGCAGCAUUGAGGGAUUUCUUUGCUGUAAAUUCGUAGUUCUGAAAUUUCUGACUGUGGCUUUUUUUUUCUGACUGUUUGUAUAACAAGUUAAUAACUUGUUUAAUCUAACAACAGGAGUGAGACCAAUGCAGCAUAAACAGCAGUGAAUGGCUUGAUACAUUUAUGCAUAUGUAUGUUUUUGUGUCUGCUUGUUGGUAUAGAAAGGUUGCUUGUGCCUAAAAUAUGAUUUCCUUAAUCAACAACACUAUACUGCAUAUGUAUAUCUUUCCCAGCAGUUCAACCAAAUAUGAUGAACAAAAUGAAGUUGUACUAUGAUGUGAUGUCUGUGAUCUGAGCUUGUGUGGGUGGAGGAGGUUCAGCCUGAAGUCCUUUUUGUUUGAGGGGCUUUUUUGCCUUAGGGGUGUGUAUGUGAAAACAAUUUGAACAUUAUUUGUUUUACGGUACGUGUGUGGCCUUCAGUUAAGCCUAACACCUUAGUUUUGAAAGUUUGAAGUUGUCACCAUGCUUGUAACAUUUCAUUUUCAUACAAAAAAAAUAUUUGAAACAUUUGUUUUGUAUUAAAAAUGAGACUACAACAAAAUAUUUAUAAUUUUUGUAAGAAAAGUAUGGAAAACAAAACAAAAAGGAAGUUAUUUUUUAUGUUGGGUAUACCUUGUUUAUGUGAAAUCAAAAUAUAUGGUCAGAUAUUGA